AGAUUGGCGGUGUAGAAAACCAGAAUAACAGGCAGUGAAGUUAUAAGAACCACAGCGUUGAAGCUCCACGUUGACUCUGUGUUCCUUUCUCUCUCGAUAAAACUCCCAGUUAAAGUCUGAAUCUAGCAAGCCAAUAGAACAUCGAAACCGAACAAAGGGUUUGACACUCUCGGGCUUCAAAUUGCGUGAGCUUCACUUCGAUUGGUUUUUUGAGCAUAAAAAUCUGCUCAAAAAAACCCACACCAAAGACUUCCAUUUUUGUUCUUGGACUGCAAAAAAUUUUUGGUGGAAAAAGAGUGUUGCACUGAGCAAUGGCGCUUAGGAUGCCAGCUCCAAAGGCGGCAGAGGCGGCCAUUGGGUCCAUCGGACAUGGGUAUGAUAUCACAAUGGAUCUUAGGCUGAAGUACUGUAAAGGGUAUUCAAAAGAUUCAUGUCUUAUUGAGAUUGAUGAAGAUGGAGGCCAUGAGAUUGUUUUGCCUGGUGGAAUCUCAAUACCCGACGUGUCCAAAUCAAUUAAAUGCUAUAAAGGGGAGCGCACACGAUUCAAGUCGUAUGUCCUCUCCUUCGAACAGAUGUCAGAGCAGUUCAACCAAGAAAUAUCUUUGACUGGAAAAAUACCUUCAGGCCUCUUCAAUUCCAUGUUUGAGUUCCCUGGUUGUUGGCAAAAAGAUGCUGCCAAGACUAAGACGCUUGCUUUUGAUGGGGUGUUCAUCAACCUCUACUCAGUUGCACUGGAGAAAUCUCAGAUGGUGCUACGAGAUCAUGUCAAGAAAGCAGUUCCAUCUUUUUGGGAACCUGCAGCAUUGGCAAGGUUUAUUGACACUCAUGGCACCCAUAUUAUUGUUGGUGUGAAGAUGGGAGGGAAGGAUGUUAUUUACAUAAAACAGCAGCAUUCCUCAAAUCUUCAACCUGCUGAUAUCCAGAAAAGAUUGAAGGAUAUGGCUGAUAAGACGUUUUUAGACGCCAAUGGACAUUCUAGCAUGGCAGCUGAGCAAGUUUUCCGGAGUGACAAGUUUGAAAUCACAGAGCAGCAGCUAAGAUUUGCACAUAACAGUCCAACAAGUUCAUAUGCACAUAAAGAGGAUAUUAUAAGCAUUUACAAAAGGAGAGGUGGAAGUGAUAAUAGAAACCUACCUCAUAAUGACUGGUUACAAACAGUUCAGUCAGAGCCUGAUGUGAUCUCAAUGUCCUUUAUCCCAAUUACUUAUCUAUUGAGUGAAGUCCGGGGGAUUGGAUUUCUGAGCCAUGCCAUAAAUCUGUAUUUGAAAUAUAAACCACCAAUUGAAGAACUCCACCAGUUUUUGGAGUUUCAGCUUCCAAGACAGUGGGCGCCUGUUUUCAGUGAACUUCCUCUUGGUCCACAACGAAAGCAACAAAGCACUGCAUCUUUGCAAUUUAGCUUCAUGGGGCCCAAGCUUUUUGUGAACACUACACCAGUUGAUGUGGGUAAACGGCCAGUGACUGGCCUCCGACUUUAUCUACAAGGUAAUAGGAAAAACCGCUUAUCCAUCCACUUGCAGCACCUUUCCUCCCUUCCAAAAACGUUCCAACUUGCAGAUGAUCCAAAGGGGAACUUCUGCCAAAAGUCUCAUGAUCAUCGUUACUACGACAGAGUUUAUUGGAGGAACUACUCUCACGUAUGUGUUGCUCCUGUUGAGUCUGAGGAGGAUCUUUCCAUAGUAACUGGAGCCCAAUUGCAGGUUGAGAAUCAUGGUUCUAAAAAUAUUCUCUUCUUACGACUACGCUUCUCAACUGUCUUGGGAGCUACGCAUGUUAAGCAUCCAGAAUGGGAAGGAUUGCCUGGGCUCGCACCCAAGUCAGGACUCUUAUCUAUACGAAGCAGUUCUCUUGUCACAGGCACAACAUGUCAGGUAAGUAUAAACUCUGCUAUUUAUCCUGGAGGCCCACCUGUGCCUGUACAAGCCCCCAAGCUUUUGAAAUUUGUUGAUACAACAGAGAUGACAAGAGGGACGGAAGAAAGUCCCGGAUAUUGGGUCGUUUCUGGGGCAAGAUUAGUUGUUGAGCAGGGAAAGAUCUCUCUCCAGGUUAAGUAUUCUUUGUUGACUGUAAUAAUGCCUGAUGAAGAAGAGAUAGAGGAGCACUAGCAGAUUUCUGUCACCACAUAUUUAGCUUUCCUCUUUCUCUUUACCCAGCACGGAAACAAAUAUAAAUAGGAAACAGUUGCUGAAGAUCAGAGAAUCCAACAAAAAAGAGAGAAAGGAGUAGGAAUGGUUUACACUGAGGGGAUAGGAUUGGGUGUGUUGGUGGUGGCUGGCUGGCUGUUUCAUCGUAUUCAUUACACAUUUUUUCUUGUAAUAUAAUUUCUUUUUUCUUUGUUUCUAAUAUGCAAUGAGCUUUAAGGUUGUAAGGUAUCCCCUGCUCUGUUUGAUGCUCUAUUUGCGAGGGCUUGUUUUCUUUGUAUGUAAUAUCCUUCUCACAUUAUAGCUGUAUACACAACAAAGUAGUUAAUCUUCUGCUUUGCACUAAACUCAUGAAUGACUCUACCUAUUAUUUUGGAAAA